GGGCUGCGCGAGGUGCUGGGCCCCGCGCAGGGGGUGCUGUUCGACUGUGACGGCGUGCUGUGGGCCGGAGAGCGGGCCGUGCCGGGGGCGCCCGAGCUGCUAGAGUGCCUGCGGCGGAGCGGCAAGGCCGCGCUCUUCGUCAGCAACAACAGCCGGCGCUCGGUGGCGGAGCUGGAGCGGCGCUUCGCCCGCCUCGGCUUCCGCGGCGUCCGCGCCGAGGGGGACGCCGGGCCCGGCCGCGUCUUCGUGCUGGGCGGGGAGGGGUUGCGUGGGGAGCUGCGGGCCGCCGGGCUGCGCCUGGCCGGGGAGGAGGAGGAGGAGGAGGAGGAGACGGCGGUGCGUGCCGUGCUGGUGGGCUACGAUGACCAGUUCACCUUCGCGAAGCUGGCCCAGGCCUGCGCCUACUUGCGCGACCCACGCUGCCUACUGGUGGCCACCGACCCCGACCCCUGGCACCCACUCAGCAACGGGCAGCGCACCCCGGGGACAGGGAGCCUCACAGCUGCUGUAGAAACCGCAUCAGGACGCAAAGCGCUGGUGGUGGGGAAGCCAAACACCUACAUGUUUGACUGCAUCGUUGAGCGCUUUGGCGUGGACCCCUCCCGCACCCUUAUGGUGGGUGAUCGCUUGGAGACAGAUAUCCUCUUCGGCAAGAACUGUGGUCUUGCCACUGUCCUGACCCUGACAGGCGUGUCACGUCUGGAGGAGGCACAGGCCUACAUGGCCAGCGAUAGCCCUGCUGCAAAGGAUCUGGUGCCCAACUAUUAUGUGGACAGCAUUGCAGACUUAAUACCGGGCCUGGAUGACUAGAAAGUUGUUUAAGGGGGAAGGGAGCUUAGUCCCACACCAUCUUAUCACCCAUUCCUACUUCUCUCUCCCUGCCUUUUUCCACCAUUCCUGUUUCUUUGCAUACCAGUACUUUGGUUUUUGAGGGGAGAGGCAUGGUAUGAAUUGUCCUUCCUCCAAGCUGCCAGGUACUGAAUUUUGCUGAUAAAACCCUGUCCCUUCAGUCAAGUCUGCUACCAGUGACUCUAAAGGAGACUUGGGAGUCUUUCAUUAACUUUUUGUGUGCACGGGGUGGGAGUAGCAUUUACAGGCCAAACCAGUGUCCGUUUGCCCUCCUCCCCACUCCUGGGGUGGGGCCCAGUUGUGUUAUGUCUUAUUUUCUCUCUCUUACGUGACCAGUGGCGGCCUUUACUGCUAUGUCCUUCACUGGUUUUUGAACUGCAGCUGUUGUGCUCCCCCGGGCACCCACAGUGAGUCCUUGCCAGGGGAGUAGCUGGUGCUGUUUUUAUUACCUCUCCUGCCCCCACCCUGUGCCCAGUGGUGGGGCUCCCCACCUAGGACCCGGAAAGGGGUGGGAGUGCACCUGAGUCAGGUGGGAUGGUGAACGAGAGAGUCUGCCCUGCCCUUUUAAUGAAGAGAAGUAUGGUUUCUUGCUCUGUAGGGACUGUCCUCAGCUCUGACUCUUGUCACUGCACUAGCUUAAUUUGGUGUUCCUAGAGGUGUUGAGGAUGAGGAACCAGGAGCCUGUCCUAGUUUACCUGUGCCAUAAUGAGCCAGACCUGCUGUAACUACUUAUAGCAGAUCAGUAACAAUCUCCAAACACCCUUUCCUGUGGGUGGGAGGAAAAUGUAGGGAAAGGGCUUUUCUGACUAGACAAUGAAGCACAUCAGUAGUGAACUGUACAGCCUUUUUUGUCUCUGGGCCAGGCCACUGAGAUGAUGGGAGAGGGGUCCGUGGUCCCCCUGUCCCACUGCUGCUAGAUGGCUGUGCGUGGAGUAGCAUUGGUAUUGUCAGUGCUGUGAAUGUGCCACAGCCCCAGAAAAUCAUUCCUUGCUGCUUUGUCUGUACAGUUUUAUUUAUUUAUUUAUUUAUUGAAGUGUUUGUAUAAAUUAUGCUGAUUGGUUGUGCCGGGGGUGAGGGACAGUGCCCUUGAGCCUCUCACCACUCGUGUCCCAUGUUGUUGUUCUCUGACACUCGCCGUCUUUCUGGAGAUAAUAAAAUGCGAGCGAGCGUGA